UAUAAUUGUACACCACUUCAUCUGGCUGCAAAGCAUGGACACCCUGACACAGUGAAACUACUUACAGAAAUGGAUUGCGAUAAAGAAGCCUGUUGUGGUGAAUUAGACGGCUACAACUACUAUGAAAUUAAUUGUACACCCUUUCAACUGGCUGCCGAGAAUAGACACACUGACACAGUGAAACUACUUAUAGAAAUGGAAUGCAAUAAAGAAGCCCAGUGUCGGUUUGGUAAUAAAACACCACUUCAUCUGGCUGCAGAGAAUGGACACACUGACACAGUGAAACUACUUAUAGAAAUGGAUUGCAAUAAAGAAGCCCUUGAUAAUUAUAAUCAAACACCACUUCAUCUGGCUGCAAAGAGUGGACACACUGACACAGUGAAACUACUUAUAGAAAUUGCAAUAAAGAAGCCCAGUGUGGGUUUGUAA